UUCCUCUCUGAGUCUCAGAGAUUCAGCCCAGCAUGCCUGAAGCAUGACGGCAAACUGGUUGAGCUGGAUGAAGACCAGAGGAGAGCGGAGGAAAAGUUUUCUUUAAACUUCCAAUAUGAAACAUGGAGCAAAGCGCGACCCAACCGUGGAGAAAAACACGCUGAACGGGGAGGAUGGUCGGAAGGUUUAACCUCUGCGAAGCCUGACGAGGAAAUAAACCAGGGUAUGGCGCGCCGCUCUCAGUGUUCCUCUGCUGGGGAUAACCCCCUGGACCCCAACUACCUCCCUCCCCACUACCGGGAGGAGUACCGCCUGGCUGUCGACGCCCUGGUCGAGGACAGCUUGGAAGGAUACUAUCGAAUUCUCCAUAAUGUGGACGUGGUGGAGUUUUUGUCCGCGACUGAAAUCCAGUACAUCCAGAGCUCCGUUCAGCCUGCGAAGCAGAGCAUCCUCUCUGAGCAGCAGUUCCUGGAGAGUGAUGGAGAGGGCUCCUCGGACACUUAUUGGCCGAUUCACUCUGACCUUGACGUCCCAGGUCUGGACCUUGGCUGGCCUCAGGUGCAUCACUUCAUUGAACCCACAGAGGUCACAACUCUUGUUAACCCCCCUGAGCCAGACAUGCCGAGCAUCAAGGAGCAGGCCCGACGACUCAUCAAGAACGCCCAGCAGGUCGUUGCUAUGGUGAUGGACAUGUUUACUGAUGUUGACAUAUUUGCGGAUAUUCUCAAUGCUGCGAGGAGGAGAGUUGCUGUCUACAUCCUGCUGGACGAGCACAAUGCUGAGCACUUUGUUAACAUGGUGGCAAACUGUAGAGUCAAUCUGCAGGCCUUUCCAUUUAUAUGUGUGAGAACAGUAUCCGGAAUAACAUAUCAGUGCCGCUCAGGGAAAUCCUUCAAAGGACAGAUGAUGGAUCGCUUUCUGUUGACCGACUGCCGAGCUGUGCUGAGUGGAAAUUACAGCUUCAUGUGGUCUUUUGAGAAGCUGCACCGCUGCAUGGCGCACCUGUUCCUUGGACAGCUUGUGACCACCUUUGAUGAGGAGUUCCGGAUACUGUUCGCUCAGUCCCAGCCGCUGAAUGUUGAAAAUAUGCUUUCUCAGAUGGAGGAUUUAAGCAUUUUACAAAAGAGACAAUUUCCCACUGAAAGCACUGCACUGUACAGAGAGCCUAAAGGGUUCCAGUCUCUGGACAUUCCUUCUGAGAGUUGGGGAGGACAUUCGUAUGAAGAGCAAAUUGAUGGGAAUUUGAGGAUUAUGGCUCUUAAAAGGCAGGGGUCCCUCCGCGGACCUGCUGAUGUGUAUAAUAGGUUUGCUCCCCAACAGCCACGCAUGGACCCCGGUUUUGAUCAGGGCCCCUCACGGAUGUUGAUGAUGGAUAAUCCUGCUUUAAAGCGACACUCUUAUGCUGAAGAUGUUCCAGGCAGAUACUCUUUCCCAUUCUUGCCACAACAAGGAGUGCCUGAGCCCGAACAGAGGGGAAAGCUUUUUCACAGGGACCAGCAGCCUUAUCCGGGACCAGGACCAGAAGAAGAAUACAGCAGCCAUGAUAAGUUCUGGAACCAAGGCCACUUGACAGGAGAACAGUACCUUGUACCAGGUUUACAAGAGGUACCACUACCUGAAUUUGAGCCUGGUCUUAAUUAUUUAUCAUCUAACAGAAAUCCAGACUUUGAUCAAGGCUCAGAUAAAUUACUACCACCGGCGGAUUUACCAUUUACUUCCCCUCACCCCAAAAGACUGGGGAUAGGGCUGCCAUACGUCUGUCAAACGUCUCCUACGGCCUCAAACUCUGCCGAUCAGAGGACUUUUUUCCAUGACCCUGCAAUAAACCGCAAGGAUCCCACUGUGAAACAGAAGCUGAGAAACUGGAGGAUUGGCUCAUACCUCAGUGCAUUUGAUAAUCCAGAGGAUGAAGGCCUCCCAACGGUGCCAACUCAGCCGUCAGAUCCUUUUGAAGAACAUCUAAAUCUUAUCCCACAAACUGCCCCAGGAACAGAUUUAACAGCUUCCAAAAUACCCAACGUCAAAGAGUUUAAGGUUACUGGCAUACCUAGGGUCAGCCAGAUGCCAAGUUACGCCAAAGCCGCAACUGAAGAUAAACCCAAGAAAUUUCUAGAUGAGCCUGCUCUAUUGGCAGCAGAAACCAAAACCACACCGACACUUUCUGAAACCCCUUCCACAGCUGAGGGGAGAAAAACUGAGGAGGAGGACCAAAAACAGCCAAAAAGUACAGCGAUUCACAGGGACGACUCUUUCAGGAGGAAAUACAAUGCAGCAAUGCAAAGAAGUUCCAGGUUAAGGUCUUCCCUGAUAUUUAGCUCCUUGGAGCAACAGACCCCUCAUGAAACUACUACUGCUGACCAAGACGAUGAUGGAAGUGACAAAACCGAACAGACCAAACUCUCCCUCGUUUCUCAGGUUUUGGGACAGAAGAGGUCUGCUGCAAGAGAACCUUAUGAAUGGAGUCGUUACAUAAAAUCCACCCCAGAAACACUCAAACCAGAUGAUGUGGGCAAAAAAGACGAGGAUAAACACUCAUCAAGUGGGAAAGGUUCCCAAGGCCUUUCAGAAAGGCCAGAGGCAAAGGAGCCAUUAAGACAAAUAACUGGAGAGCAAGUUAGUGUUUCACCAUCGAUGCCUCGGGCCAAGUUCCCUGAAGCUGAGGCACCCAAAACUGAUCUGCCGGUACAACCGACUAUACCUCUGCUUUGUUAUGUAGAUAUGAAUGAUCCAGAUGACAGGCUCAUGUUUUUUAAAGAACUUGCAGCAAAACGUAAAGUUGCUAAAGCUGCAGAAGCUCUAAAGGAAAAAGAGAAGGCAGAGUUAAAACCACAACCAGAACUCAAAAACAAGGAAAAGGUUCUUCUAAAAGAAAUCUCUGAAACUUCAAUACCUAAAGAUUUAGUCAAAAAGUCUGUUGUAGAGAAUGAAAAUUCCAGCAGCAAAGACUCCAAUACCUCCAAAACUUCUAAUGAACAAAAAACCCAACCCAAGAAAACUGAGGUUGAGGCUAGCCUUUCUGUUUCAGCAGAAACGGAUGAACAUCUUAGUAAACCUCUAGAAGACCCAACUCUGUCAAAUCCGUUUGUUCAAGAAAGUUUGUCACCACUGAUUCCUCGAUCCAAACCAACAAAAGCUGAACUGCCUAAAAUCAAUCAGCCGUUACAACUGACCAGCCCUUUACUUACAGCUCCAUUGUAUGUAGAUAUGAGUGAUGCUGAUAAUAGGCUCAUGUUCUUUAAAGAGUUGGCAGCAAAACGAAAAGCUUCAGAAGCUAAAAAGGGAAAAGAGAAGGCACCAAUGAAACCACAAGCAGAACUCCAGAACCCUUCAGGGGGCCAGAACGAACAGAAUCCUCCAAAGGGAACGCUAGAAAGUGUAAAACCUAUAGCGAAGGAUUCUUCUGUAAAAAACACCACAGUAUCCACAGACACAUCAGACUCAGCUUCUUCCUCUUUAAAGGAUGAUGAAAAUGCCAGGAAGCAGGACAGUCUUUUCAAAAAUGAUUCCAGUGCCCCCAGUACUUCUGAACAAGCAGUCAAGGUUUCUGCUGAGUUGUUGAAAACAGACUUGGAAAAGCAAUCUGCUGACGAAACAAAAACAAGUCAGAGCAAAUCAUCAGAACACCCAACUGUAUCAGAAACCUCUGUAGAAGGUUCACCCGAGGAAACCAAUGCUGCUCACACAGCUAUUUCAUCUCAUGCAGAAGACGUUGACAAAAGAGAAUGCCUUACUUCAGAAACUGUUUCAGACCUUCCCAGUUCAGUGGAAAAUUCAUCAUCUUCUGACCCCCAAAACACUGAAUCAUUUCAGCUAGAAACCAACAUCUGCUCCUCUCCACCUCCAUCUGAAGCAGAAACUACCUUGGAAUUAGGCUCAUUUGAACCACCAAUCUCUACCUCUGAUACACAUCCACUUGACUCAGACUUGCAGAACCACCCUGUCGCUGCAGAAGAGACUUUAUUUUCUGAUUCUCCCCAAGACAUUUACAGCUCCACAAAUGUUACUAGCACACCGUCUCCAGAUGUUGAUGAAAUCAAAUUGCAGGAACCUGUCAGCUCCUCUCAGCAGGAGUCUUCAGAAUCAUCCAAAGAACCCUUACAAAACUCUGACAGCCGGCACAAUCAAGCUCAUCUAGAUGCUGUUCCCCAAUCUGCUUCAUUCGAGAACACCUCAGUGGCCGAUGCUGCAAAUGUCGAGUCUGAUGUUUCUCCAGACAAAAAGGCUGCUGAUCUGCAGCCAAACAAGUUAAAUUCCACCACAGAGACGAACGGGGAAGAAUCUUCUGCUGCUACACCUUCAGUUGGAGUAUUAGAGAAAAAUGUUCCUGAAUUAGAGCAAGAAGAGUCAGCUGCAAAAGUGCAUGAGGCCCUUGAAUCACCUGACAGCCGAUCUCCCGCUGUUUGCUCACCUCCACCUAAUUCCAGUUUGCUUGGUGAAUCUUGUCCAGAAGGCUCAGUUUCUGAACCACAUUUGGAAAAGACAAUUUCAUCGAUCACAGCUCCAGGUGACACCCAACUUGAAGCUGUGCCUUCGGAAACAGGAUCACUUGAAAAUACAGCGUCUUGUAAUGCCUCACAGUUGGAAAAAACUGAACCUCCUCAAGAUGCACCAAUGCAAACUGACGCCUCCUCCAACCUUAAACUAACAGACUUGAAAGCACCCUUAGCUGCUGAAACAUUAACGUCUUCCUCAAUGUCAGAGUCAGACCAGUCAGUUUGGGACACUGAAACUAAAAAAUCAGAAACCAGUGUCUCUACGAUGCCAAACCUCUCAGAUACAAACUCAAUAUCCAAUGAGACACAACCAAAAUCAGAGGAAUCUCUUGUUCAGCCUACAUCGCAAUCACUGAGCAGUCCAAGCGAACCUACCACUGUGGCCACAGCUGAGGCUGAUUUGUCAUGCAAAACAUCUGAAGCAGUCACUCCUGAAUGCCAAACACCAGAGACACCUGCCCCUCAGGAGAGUAGUAAAAAAGAGUCUCAGUCAGUGGAGACAGAUGAGAAAAACUCCAACAAUCUCGAGGAUAAACAUACGAGCCAGAAACCUUCCACUGAGGAAUCUGCAAACACAGAGAAAACAAAACACCAAUCAAAUCAGAGUAACUGCUCUGAAACAGCAACGUCCAAGCAGCCCAAAUUGAGUCAGUCUCGCUACCACUCGUCAACAGUAAACGUGCUCUCGAGCAGCAACCUCCGAGAUGACACAAAGCUGCUGCUGGAGCAGAUUUCUGCCAACUCCCAAAGUAGGAAUGAAGCAACAAAAGAGUCUCCCGUCACAGACGACGAGAAAGAAGACAAGGCCGACAAAAAUGCCAAAAAUGAAAAGGAAUUGGGUUACACGACAUGUAUCAGGGGGCAAACUAAAUCAAUUGAGGAGCGCGAGAAACUGCUGGAGAGGAUUCAGAGCAUGAGAAAGGAGAGGAAAGUUUACAGUCGUUUUGAGAUGGCACCUUAGAUGGAAUCCAAAGGACGUUGGGAAAAGAAAAGACAGUCUAUUCUGCAAAAUUCCUCUUGCUUUAGCUGCAAACAGGCUUUUAACGCACAGAAGAUUGAGGGAACCUGUGUUUGAUUCACUUACUUCACAAGAUCAAACUGAGGAGUACGGAAUCAUGCAAAGCUGUCCCAGCAGCACGCCCCAUGUUCAGUAAAGACAUCACACUGUGAUCGCAUCAUAAUUUUACUACCAGACUGUAAAGCAAAUGGGCUCAGAAGAGAUUUGUCAUGAUCAAAGCUGUUUUUACUGACUGCAUGGGUAAAGUGCAAUGUGUGCAACAGGAUGUUUAUGUGAUGAGACCUGCCAUUGCCUUUUUACUGCAGAACUGACUCUUAAGUCACAUCUUUAUGUCAUGUUAUAAAAAUCUGAAGUAACCGGAGUUUGUAAAACUGUACUAUAAUGUUCUGUAAUAUAUUGUUUGACAUUCACUUUAAGGAAAAUAUGAUAGAUGUUUGUAGAUUAAGGCAAGUAGAUGUGUAAAUUUACGUCCAUGCUCGGGAAAAUGAAAACCUGAAAAAAAUGCAGAUAUAAAACAGGAUCAGCAGACUUUAAACUGAGAAAAAAUUGCCUCUUAGACAUUUAGACAGAACGGGAUGUUUUGCUCAUUUAACACAAGAGAUAUUAAAAUUUUCCAAGCUGGUUGAAUUAAAAGUCCAUUAUAUACAAAUUA